UUUAUCUACAAAUUGGAUUACAAAUUCAAUAAAUUAUCAAAAUUCAAACUUAUUCGGGGAUUAUUCAUCAAAUCACCUUGAAAAUGUUACGAGAUUUGUUGAUACUCUAAUUGGAACCGCUAAAGAUGGACACGUAUUUCCUGGCCCAUGCCAUCCAUUUGGUCUCGUUAAAGUAGGCUUUGAUACUGAUGAAAUUUAUGAUUUUAAUGCUGGAUACACUACUGGAGGAAAAAUCACAGGAAUUUCUC